GGGCUGCGCCGCGCUCGGCGUUUGUUGUGAUUCGACUAAAGACAGAUUAUGGUUUUAAAGCGUUUAAAUCAAUGCAGUCCGCUUAAACCGUUUUAUAAAAUGGCUGUAAAAUGGCUUCGUUGUUAUUGAAUGUGACAUUGUAAUACUUUAUCUGUCGUUAAAGCUUGUUAUUUUGUAGAUCCACGUGACAGAGUUAUGAAGAUGGCGUGUAUUAAAGAGGAGAGUGAAGACAUCAGGAUUGAAGAAGUGUUCAGUCUGAAACAAGAAGAGACUGAGGAAGAUAUCGGCCUGAUGACGCUGGUAGAGAAGAGUAAAGAUCGGUAUAAAAAUCAUGAAUUCAGUAAUGAAGAAAAUUCUGUUAGUUGUUCACAGACUGAAGAGACUUCCUCACAAAAAAAACCUAAAAGGACCCGGAUUAGAAAACGUGUCAUCUGCUCAGAGUGUGGAAAGUGGAUCAGCAACCAAAGAAACCUCACCGUCCACAUGAGGACUCACACUGGAGAGAAGCCUUUCACCUGUCCUCAGUGUGGAAGCCGGUUCAGUCAACAGGGAAGCUUUGACAGACACAUGAGAGUUCACAGCGGAGAGAAGCCUUACAGCUGUCAACUGUGUGGAAAGAGCUUCACAGCACAGAUAAACCUUGACUAUCACAUAAACAGUCACACCGGUGAAAAGCCGUUUUCAUGUGAUCAGUGUGGAAAGCGCUUCAGACACAAAGCAACCGUUAGAAAUCACAAGAAGAUUCAUUCGAGACAGGAGUGUUUUAUAUGUGGUCAGUGUGGAUUGAGUUUCACAGAUGCAAACCACCUGAAGAAUCACGUAACAACUCACUCUGGAGAGAAGCCUAACAUGUGCGAUCACUGUGGAAAGUGUUUCGUAAACAAGAGGACUCUUAAGGUCCACAUGAUAAUUCACACAGGAGAGAGGCCUUUCGCCUGCCUUGAGUGUGGACAGAGUUUCAAACUGAAAACCUCCCUUCAGACUCACAUGAGCGUUCACAGUGAAGAAAGGCCUUUCACCUGCCCGAUGUGUGGCAAGAGAUGCAAACUGAAGGGAAACCUUAGGCUUCACAUGAGAAUUCACACUGGAGAGAGAUCUUAAAUGUGUUUUACAUUUCAGAAAGACCUGCAACCACAUUCACAAACUCAUUCUGUGACAUUUUCAUGUUCCUCAGUUUGACAAGGUUUCCAAACGGUUCUGGGGGACAAAUCAACAAAAGUAUUUAGAGCUGCAUCCAUGUUUCCUCUUCUUCAUUUUUCACAUUUGACUGCCACCAUUUAGUUCAUGCACAAAACGUAGACUAAAAUAGGUAAACGUCACUAUAUUAGUAAUUGUGUGGGCCAGGUGGGGCCCCAGUGGGCAAACUCUCACAAACUCUCUACUGAUUGGCUCCUGCAGGCUAAAAACUGGUCUGUCCUGAUCCACCCUCCUUUGACUCUCAUUUCAUGUAUCCUUCACCCCUAGACGGGGUGUAACAUGGACUUUCUGUGGGCCAAAUCUGUGGGAUGUGGGCAGAUUUUGGGCUGACUGUGGGUCCUUAUGUGGGCCAUUGUUUAGUCUUUUAGUAAAUGCAGAAUACCACUUAUUACUGUGCAUAUGCUGAAUAGUUGCACUUCGUAAUUAAUCAUAAUAAUAAUAAUAAUUCCUUACAUUUAUAUAGCGCUUUUCUAGCACUCAAAGCGCUUUACAUAGACAGGGGGUAUCUCCUCAUCCACCACCAGUGUGCAGCAUCCACCUGGAUGAUGCGAUGGCAGCCAUAGUGCGCCAGAACGCCCACCACACACCAGCUUACUGGUGGAGAGGAUCCUUAAUCCUUAGUUAAUCAUAAACUCAGUCAUAGAAAGGCUAAAGUAGAUUUUUCAAAAUGCUCUUAACAUCCUAUAAACUACAACUGGGUGAUCUGAACCUGUGUCUUCUUAAUGUAGUAACUCACCCAAAACAUUUAGUUCAUGCUUCAGAACAUAGUUAUUGUGUCAGUGACUUGGCCAAAAACACCACACUAGUCAAAAUGUGUAGAUUUUUGUUCACCAUGGAAAUAUUUCUUGUAUGCAAAUACAAUUAUAGUUAAUUUCGUGUUAAAUGUAAUUUCACUUCAUAUUUAUUAAAUGCAGUUUUUCCUACUCA